AAGACUUCUUCUUUCUCACCAGCCGCUCUUUCUCAGUACAGCACCAGACUCCUCUCCAAUGGCAACCACCACCACCUCCAACGCCUUCCUCACCACCCCCACCAAAACCCCAUCAGAAAAAUCCAAGAAAUCCCAUCACCACUUCCCCAACUCCGACUCCAAGUCCCCAUUCGAGGCCUACAACCGUCUACAAUCCGCCGCAGUAGCCUUCGGCGAGAAGCUACCCAUCCCCGAGAUUGUCGCCCUCGGUGGCCAAUCCGACGGCAAGAGCUCCCUCCUUGAAGCCCUUCUUGGAUUCCGCUUCAAUGUUCGCGAGGUCGAGAUGGGCACACGAAGGCCUCUCAUCCUUCAGAUGGUGCAUGAUUCGACGGCGUUGGAGCCCCGGUGUCGGUUUCAGGAGGAGGAUUCUGAAGAAUAUGGAAGUCCAGUUGUUUUGGCAUCUGCAAUUGCAGACAUCAUAAAAUCCCGAACGGAGGCAUAUUUGAAGAAGACUAAAACUGCCGUUUCUUCUAAACCAAUUGUAAUGAGAGCAGAAUAUGCUCAUUGUCCUAAUCUCACCAUUAUUGAUACCCCGGGUUUCGUUCUUAAGGCCAAGAAGGGAGAACCAGAGAACACGCCUGAUGAAAUUCUAUCAAUGGUGAAGUCUCUGGCUAGUCCUCCACAUCGCAUUCUUCUGUUCCUUCAACAAAGUAGUGUUGAAUGGUGUUCAUCAUUGUGGUUGGAUGCCGUUCGGGAAAUUGAUCCAACCUACAGACGGACAGUAAUCGUUGUUUCCAAAUUUGAUAAUCGGCUCAAGGAGUUUACUGACCGAUGGGAAGUAGAUCGGUAUUUGAGUGCAAGUGGUUACCUUGGAGAUGGCACUCACCCAUUUUUUGUAGCCCUGCCAAAAGACAGGAACACAGUUUCAAAUGAUGAAUUCCGCAGGCAAAUAUCACAGGUUGACUCAGAUGUCCUGCGACAUCUGCGUGAUGGGAUCAAGGGAGGAUUUGACGAAGAAAAAUUCAGGCCCUUCAUUGGCUUUGGCUGUCUGAGAGAAUAUUUGGAGUCUGAGCUUCAGAAAAGAUACAAAGAAGCUGCCCCAGCAACUCUAGCUUUGCUCGAGCAGAGGUGCUGUGAAGUCACCACUGAGUUGGCUAGAAUGGACUCCAAAAUACAGGCUACUUCUGAUGUUGCACAUCUUCGAAGAUGUGCAAUGCUGCACACUGCCUCCAUCAGCAAUCAUGUGGGAGUGUUGAUCGAUGGAGCUGCAGAUCCUGCCCCUGAGCAAUGGGGUAAAACAACAGAGGAAGAGCAGUCAGAGAGUGGCAUUGGGAGCUGGCCGGGCAUUACUGCUGAUAUAAAACCUCCCAAUUCUACCCUUAGACUCUAUGGAGGAGCUGCUUUUGAAAGAGUGAUACAUGAAUUUCGUUGUGCUGCAUAUUCCAUUGAAUGCCCACCAGUAUCAAGGGAGAAGGUGGCAAAUAUACUACUUGCCCAUGCUGGCCGUGGUGGAGGAAGAGGAGUAAUGGAGGCAGCUGCAGAGAUUGCACGUGCAGCUGCUCGGUCAUGGCUUGCUCCUCUUCUUGAUACUGCUUGUGAUCGACUUGCUUUUGUUUUGGGGAACCUCUUUGAUCUUGCUGUGGAGAGGAGUUGCAGCCGUGACUCAGACUAUGGGAGGCAAAGUGGUAAUAUGGAUGGGUAUGUUGGUUUUCAUGCUGCUUUAAGACACUCAUACAAUCGCUUUAUAAAGGAUCUUGCCAAACAGUGCAAGCAACUUGUUCGACACCACCUUGACUCAGCUACAAGCCCAUAUUCUCAGGUUUGUUAUGAGAACAUCCAAGGAGGCUCUGGCUCAGGUGUAACCUCCAUGUACAGAUUUAACCAAGCUUUAGUUGGGUCAUUUUCCCUUGAACUAUCUGAAGGGGGGCCAGCAUUGCGCCAUGACAAGGUGAGAGAUCAAGAAAACAUACCUCCAGAAAAGGAUGCACAAGAAACCACACCUGGAAAAGGAGUGGAAACCAGAGAAGCUCUCCGGGAAAGCCAACUGACUGUGCCUGAAACCCCAUCACCUGAUCAACCAUGUGAUAUGGUUUAUGGGGGAGUUAAGAAGGAAGUUGGAAAUGAACAUGGAGCAAGAAAACGCCAAGCAAGAAUGAUUGGCCAUAGCAGAAACUCAGAUAAUUUAAGACUUACAAAUGCUGGCGGUUUGCUAUUUGGAAAUGCAGAUAGUGGCUUGAGGUCAGGUUCAGCUUACUCUGAUAUUUGUUCAUCUGCUGCACAGCACUUUGCCCGAAUACGUGAAGUUCUUGUUGAGAGAAGUGUGAUGUCAACUUUGAAUUCUGGAUUUUUAACCCCUUGCCGGGAUCGACUUAUGAUGGCACUUGGAUUGGAUUUGUUUGCUGUAAACGACGAGAAAUUCAUGGAUAUGUUUGUUGCACCUGGGGCAAUCGAUAUCCUUCAGAAUGAACGGCAGUCUCUUCAGAAGCGGCAGAAGAUACUCCAAUCUUGCUUGAAUGAAUUUAAAAGCGUUGCUCGAGCUCUUUGAUGGAAGCAUUGGUUGGUUCUCUACUAAAACUGCACUGAAACCACUGGAAGGGAGUUGACAGGCGGCUUCACAACUAGUGAACAUACUAAAAUUGCCAACCAGUUCUCUUUCAAGUUGUGGUAGUCAUUUCCAGUUUGGUAUGCAGAGAGACUGAGUUCUCCUAUAGGUGAUGAUUUGGGUUGAUUGAUUAUGUUGAUCAGGGUUUGUACAAGGGCAUGGAAAGUUGGAAACAGUCACAGGACCUCCACAAUUGCCUACUUCUACUUGUAUACAAGGAAUGCUCACAACUAGUGGACAGGUCAAAUUGUGAACCAGUUCUCUCAAGUUGAGGUAGGUUGAUUCCAAUUUGUUGUGUAAAGACUGAUUUACAUGUUAAUAAUGAUUGUUUGGUUUGUGAGAGCAGCAAUGACUAUGGCAUGAAAAUCAUGUGCCACUACUGUCUGUCCAUGGAUGAGGUGGGAGUUUUCCACCAUCCCUAAAAACUAGGUCAUUAUGGUUCUAUAAAACCCAACUUGUUUUUAA